CUUUUAUCAGCUAGAUACAAGCUUUGCUGGCCUUAAAUACAAUGCGCAGCAGGUAAACGGCAUAGAAGCACAGCUCGAGACUGAAGCUCCUGUGAAAUCAUGACCUCCGACUUGGCCCUCCUCCUGCUGGUUCUAAGCAGCGUCAGUACGGCUCGCUCUCAACUUAAUCUGUCCAACCUGCAUGCCAGUGACCUUCCGUCUGACAUCUUUGGAACCACCGACGGUUAUGUGAAGGUUUUCUGUGGUUCUGCCUCUUUGGGUAAAACGUCUGUACGUAAGGACACAGUGAAUCCCUGGUGGUCGGAGAAGUUCACCCACUUCCAGGCUCAGGAGAAUGACGUUCUGCGGCUUGAAGUCUUUGAUGACGACUUACUCUUUGAUGACUUGCUAGGAGUCUGCCAACGUCAAAUCAAGUUGGGAACCCACCAACAUGACUGUUACCUAAAAAAAGGUGGCAUCCUGCACUACACCUACACCCUUGGCUAAUGCACCAGAUGACCUGUUACCGUGGCAACACUAACUCCCCACAUUCAUACUAACGUGAUGCUCCACAAUUCACUAUUCUUUGUUUGAAUAAAAAAGAAUACCAAAUUUCAUUAAACACAAAUUAUGUCUAUUUUUGUCCUUGACAAGAAAAAUUAAAAACAAAACUGAAAUCAAA